GAGAGAACUCUUUUAUUUCUAUUGAAAUCAUCCGUGUCUCAUGUUUACUUUUCUCUAUUGUUCUUACAUCGAAUUCUGUCAAUCAAAAUUUGAAAUCUCGCGCUUAAAUUAAUAAAUUAGCCGUUGUCUUUUGUUACUAUUUGCAUAAAUUAUGAGCCCGCGGCUAUUUUUCUCUCAGCGGUAAAUGCUUGUUAGUUGAUAAAUUUGUCGUUUUUACAUAUCAUAAACAAGCAAGAAGCGAAAUGGCAGGCGAAGACGUUAAAAAUAUAAUAGAAUUGGAUGAUGACUUUUUUGUGACGGAAGAAAUGUUGUCAGAUUUUACUGUUUACGAAAGUUGUGAGGUGGAAGUAUCGUUUGUGGAAGAUCUGUUGGAAGAAGAAAAUGAAGUAGAUGCUGGAUAUUUGGGUAUUCCUCAAAUAGUAUUCGUUGAUGAAGAAGAUGUGGACAUGGUGGUUGAUAACAACAGUACCAAAAAUGUGAAGUUUGUGUGCAGCAAGUGCAAAAAACAGUAUUUUAAAGAAGCUUACUACAAGAAACAUACUCUGAUAUGUAAAAAGCCAACAGAUCCAGAAACAACAACAGUGGCAAGAAAAACUCUUGAUGACUCAAAAAAUAAAUCAACUACAACAAUUUCCACAAAACAAGUUAAAUCAAAAUCGAAUCAAUCUUUAUCCAUCACCGAUCAUGAGCUGCAGCAAGAAAAAAUGAAUUUUGUUCGUGAUGCUAUGGUUAAAAUUUCAAAAGACCCAAUCAAUAACAUUGUUGUGAAAGGAUUCAAAACACCUGGAAAUCGUGUCAAAGAAUUAGCCAACUCAAUUUUGAAUGCUGGGAGUGAUGUUUUGGACAUUAUUUCUGAAAAUGUAGUGUGUCGCAUAUUUAAAGAAUUGCAAAAAUCUAACCUACUGACUGGUUCAGGAAAAGAAUCUCUUUGGAGAAAAGUGCAUGAACUUGCACAAGACGAUAAAUUCAGACAACAUUGGAAACAUGUAUUACCUAAAGGAUACUGCAUUGACAGUCAAGAAUUCUCUAUGUUGUUGCAGAAAUUUGUUAUGGAGUUAAUAAAAAUACUAGUAGCUCAUGAAAACAAAAAUCGACAUGUCGAAAAAAGUCUUGACUUGAAACUCACAACUGAGGAACAAACUGUUCUGUAUUAUGUUUCAGGAUACAUAAUUUUCUCGCUACGUAAAAAAUACCAAAGAUUAGCAGAUUCGAAAAACAAAGUUGUUGCUGUGGCUGCAUUGCAGUUUCUGAACUCAUUGAAAGUUUCAGGUGAUGAUAAACUGCAGGUAUAUAGUUUUCUGGAUUAUACAAGAUCUUGGGUGGACCAAGUCAGCAGAGGAUACCUGAUAAAAGUCAAUGAUGACAUGUUUAUUUUUUGCAGAAGAAUUGAAAACGUUAUUAGAAAAGUUUUAAAUUUGAACAUGUUGAAAAAAUAUAAAGGAGAAGAUAUACGGGAACUUUUCGAAAAUGAACUUAUGAAGGACUCUUUAAUUGAUCAAGCCUGGGUCAUACUUUCACGGUAUCUUGGAAAUGAGAAGUUAUCGAAAAUUCUCAAAGCUCAGAUCAUUAAAAAAUGGUGUGACAUCAGAGCAAAAGCAUAUGUCACUGCAUAUAUACAAGUAGUUCGACGCAAACUUGCUUCUCUAGCAUCGGAGAAAAAAGAGAAGUUGACUGUAGUCUUAUCUAAAAAAGGUGAACCAGCAAUGAGAAAAAAACUUAACUAAUUGUCAUAACAUUUUUACCUAUAACUUGUUUUAAUUUCUAUAUAUCUUUUCCAUGUAUAUAACUGUGUUUCUUAGUAAAAUAAUCAUACCCUUA